UACGCUAUAGUAGUGGUAGUAGCAAUGAAAGUGACCUUCAGUCGCACAGAAAUCAAAAUAAUUUAACAAAACGUGUGUGGAUUUUCAGAAUAUUGUCAAUGACUACUAUAUAAUAAACCAGAAAGAAAAAACGUUUCUUCAUCUCAGCAUUCACAUUCGACUAUAUCAACUGAAUCGAUUAAACCGAACAACAAUAGUUAUUGUUGACAUUUAAGAAGAUUAUAAAAUAAGAGACCACCCUCGCAUUAGGUGAGCAGAACAUUUAAUAUUGAUAAUAAUUUAUUAUUCAUGGCUGACGAAGCGGAGGAGAAAAAUUUUUCAAGCCUGGGAGGAGCAAUCCACGAAUGAUUGCGGCCGUUCUGCGGCCAAUUGAAAAAUCGCUCGGCUGCCGUACUAAUGGGUUAUGUGCGAGACAUUUUACCCGGAGGCCAAAACCGUUAUCUUCGGAGGUCUUAACGAGCUACUUGUUACAAACAAAAGAACCACCAUGGACGUCAUAUUUCGUGAAAUAUGCGGACAUAACGAACGAUCAGAGGGGAAUGUCUCAUUUCAACUGGCCAGUGGGCAUGAGCAACUAUCAUAUUUUAAGGACGGGCUGUUUUCCCUACAUCAAAUAUCACUGCACCAAAAGACCCAAACAGGACCUCACACUAGAAGACAAAUUUUUCAAGGCGAUCAAGAUACUUAACCUUGGUAUUCCAACACUCAUGUAUGGAUUAGCAGCGACGCAACUAAUUCGUCACAAGGAGGUGGUGAAGACAAACAAAGGAGAAGUGACAAUCUAUUUUCUACUACCCGAAGAAAAAGGUUCACAAUAUUAAAAUAAGAUAAAUUAAUGUUACAUUACACGAGACUUAAAUACUCGACAAAAUAUAAAAUGUCAGUAAUUUAAA